AUGUUCAAAUUCAAAUACGGCAACCUCGCCAACAUCCUCACCGCUAUCCUCGCCUUGUCACCCAUAGCUAAUGCUUGUAUCUCACACGGCGGAGCGAGUCUUCGAAGGAGAGCAGAUAACCACGAACUUACUCGUCUUCAUGGACGACGAAUUCUGGCAGCGCCCUCAACAAAGGUGGCUGUGACCAAUGUGCAGGUCUUUGACGGAACUCAUAUUACCGGGCCCAGCACGGUCAUCAUCGACGGCGAAUACAUAGCAGCCGUAAUUCCCUUCGGAAAGACACCAGUGUCUGGAGCACAGAUAAUUGAUGGACAAGGAGGUGUUUUGUUACCAGGACUCAUUGACAACCAUUGCCAUCCCGGAAGCCUUGAUGAUCUGAUCAACCUGAUCAGCUACGGUGUCACGACUGCGAUUGGGAUGGCAUGCUUAAGCUAUGACAUGUGCAACGCAUUGAAGAACCAAACUGGCCUGACGUCCUUCAUCACCACUGGGAUUGCAGCCAUCGCCCCAGGGAGUCAGCACGCAAUGCUAUUCGACACACCCAUUGAAGAUACAAUUUCGUCCCCCGCUCAGGCCCCUCAAUUUGUAGCCAAUGUGUUUGGCAAUCAUUCUGCUUUUCUUAAAAUGGUUGCCGAAGAGGGUGGACCGAGCCAGGACACUCUCAAUGCAUUGGUACAGUGCACCCACAAUGCUGGCCAUGUUUCAACGACUCAUGCUACUACGAUUGCCACAUACAACCAGGCUAUCAUGUCCUUGACUGAUAGUAUCCAACAUACCCCUCAGGACGGGGUGAUUACCACAGACAUGGCCCAAAAGCUUCUUCAGCAAAAGCAAUUUGUCACUCCUACCCUCAACGUCAUGCAAUACAUUCUCGAUGUACCGGGAACCCCAGCAAAUUAUAGUUUUUCAAAUGCCGCACAAAGCGUCAGUAUCAUAUACAAAGCCGGUGUGCCAAUCCUGGUCGGCACAGACUCCUUUGUUGACCCAGAUAAUGCAUUACUCAGGGUUCCAUUUGGAAGCUCCAUCCACACUGAACUUGAGUACCUGGUUCAGGCAGGUUUGCAGCCGGUCGAUGCUUUGCGUGGUGCGACAUGCCUAGGUGCUAAGUUGCACUCUCUGCCGGAUCGUGGUUCAAUAAAGCCAGGCUUUCGCGCAGAUCUGCUGCUCGUGGGGGGUAAUCCUUUGACUAAUAUCUCCAACACGAGAGACAUCAAAAGAGUAUGGGUUGGUGGACUUGAGUACAAGGGUAACUUGGAAUAA